GAGAGGCGCCGCGGUGGGGGGUGAGGAGGAGGAGGAGGAGGAAGGCGUUGGUCCACAAAAGAUAACCCGCUCGGGGCGGCGACGACGAGGCCGAGAGAUGGACAAUACCAGCAAAUUAACCAAUCUGGAUGAACUUUUACUAAAACUGAUGUUCCAGGUCCAUCAGGAUUCACAGCAUAGAAAACAAGAAGAAGAACAGAUACAGAUCAAUGAAGCUAACAUUGUAAAAGCUCAACAACGUAGAAAUGAGUUGCUUGAAAGAAACACCCAGCUUGAUGUUGAAAUUAAUCGAAUGCAGAAGAUAAGUACACAUAGUGACGAUAAUUCUAAAGUCUGGAAGUCAACCUGUACGUUUCUUACACAACAUGAAGAAGAUGUUCAUAUACAACUUCAGAAAAAACGUGCUGCUGUUGAGAAAGAUAUAGAAAUGUAUCAAGAUUAUUUGAAUCAGUACAGAGAGAUUCUGCAGCAGCAUCAAUCACAGUAUUCAGAAUUUCCACAAGCAAAGGAGUAUUUCAAGAAAAAAGUAGAGUUCGAAGAAAUUCAAAGUAGAGUAUUGGAUUGCACUGAACAAAUUCAACAAAAGACACAGGCCAUUAAUGAUCUUUCAGAACCGUCACUUUUUGGAUCUCUUCAUGAAUGGGCUUUGGAAAUUGCUGCUUUAAAAGUAGACACCCAGAAUGUUUUGAUUCAGGUUGCAUACACAAAGGAUAAAGCGGUAGAGGAGCAUAAUGAAAACCAAGAGAGUCCUGCACAGUUGGAUAAUUUCGAGAGUUCUGAAGGAAUAAAGGUGCCGGACUUCAGUAACUUGCCAAAUAAGGAACAAAAACAAAGCAUUUACCAGCAGAAGGAAUACAAAAUUGCUUUGAAUCCUACAGUCAAUUCUGAACAAACACAGCCUCAGAACGUAGUCACUUAUUGUCAGAAAUCAUUAACUUCGAAACCAUUUGAGCUCAUGUUGGAACAGUCCGAGUCCGACACUGAACUUGGAAAAAAUAACAAGCAGCAAACAAAUAACGUCAUUCUUCCACAAGUUAAUUCAGUACAAACUGAAUAUCAAAGGAAUGUUGAGUUAAGGGGAAUUCAACAACAGACAUGCUUUCAGAUCACCCCAGCAACGAAGAACCAAGGGCAAAUUCAAUACCGUUCACUUGUUCCUAAGAAUCAAACAGAUACUCUGCAAUGGUUACAGAGUACUGCCACAACUUCAGCAAACUCAGAUACAGAUGAAAUGAAUUCAAGCCAGUACAAAUCACAUAUUCCCUCUGAUUCUCUCUACAAGUCUCCGGCACAAAUUGACCCGAAAUCUGUGAAUGAUGACCAAGAAGAAACUACAAAUAAAACAUCACAGAUGUUUUCAAGAACACCUGAAUACGCUGGCCCAAGUCAAAAGGAGUUUGAAAUGGAUUGUAACCCGCAGCAUGAGAAAACAUCAUCAGAAUCACCUCGCUUUUCCUUCCUGGGUGUUUCCACACCAAAAACAUCUGGAUUUGAUAUGUUUGGAAGAUUAGCGUUUGGUUUCCCAGAUACCCCAGAACAGGUGAAUGACAGACAGAUGGCUGGUAACCAGUUUGAGUUCUCCAGUUUGUUCUUCAAAAAAACGAUCCAGCAAAAUCAUAUCAAAGCUACUUCCAGACCUGAGAAGGAUUGCACAUCCCAUCUAACUUGCAGUUCUCAUUCGCCACAAAGAGAUAUUGGUUUGGAAAGUCCAUCAAAUGAACAACCAUUCACGUUUUCUUUCCAGUCAGAACCAUCUCCAAAUAAUUUUGGAGACAGCAAAGAUGAAUUCAAUUUUGGUUUCUCAUCUGCACAGAAUCAAAGCUCAUCACAACAAAGUGUCUUCAAGUUCUUUUAAAGAAACAUGCCUUAAUUAAUUAUAGAUUUGAGGAUCUGAGAUAGAAAAGAUUGAAAUAUGAUUUUUAGUAAAAUUAUAUUUCCCAUUUUUGCAUACUGUAUUCUAAUAUUCAUGUGUGGUCAUAAUUGAAAUUAUUCUAGUAUGAUUUUAAAUUGCAGUUCUUUCAUUUUAACAAGAUUGUUGCUAGAACAUACAAGCUUUAAAUAUUCCUUGUUAAGUCAUUUGAGCUGACACCUACCCAUUUCAGAGGUGACUGUUGUAUUAUAAUUCCCGAAAGCAGGAAUUACGUUAUAAAUUCAGCAGUCGCCUCAGUCCACAAUACUAUUUAUGUCACCAGUGAUUUACCCAUGAUAUUUUAAUUCUGUGACUUGAUAAAAAAGUGUAAAUAAUAUUCCACAUUUGUCAUCAGUUGUUUUACAAAAAAUAACAACAGUCUUAAAGUACUGUAUAUGAAUACUGUAAAUCUUCAUUUCCAAGGCACCAGUAUGGUGACUGAUAACAAAGCAAGUCUGGAAAGAUGAUUUUUCUUUUCACAGUUACUGUACAAGUAUUAAACAGUUUUGUUAUGCAAUUACAUAGUAUGACAUUAAUGCUAUUUGGUAUUCUAAGUGCUGAAUUUCUAUU